AUGUUUUCAAGACGAUGUGCGAGGCUUGUUGCCUCUCGAACCUCCGCUCCAUUGACGUCAUAUCUCGCCAAUGCGAGGUUCUCUUCCACAGCUUCCCCUGCUUCAGCAGCUUACGAGUAUAUAUUGGCAUCGACCCCGAAGCCAGGAGUUGGACUGAUCACCCUUAAUCGACCGAAGGCUUUAAACGCUCUCUGCAGCCCUCUUUUCCGUGAGCUCAAUGAUGCACUAACAAAAUACGAUGAGGAUAAAGAUAUUGGUGCCAUUAUCAUCACUGGUAGCGAGAAGGCCUUUGCUGCUGGCGCUGAUAUCAAAGAGAUGGCGCCCCUAACAUUCGCUGCUGCAUACUCGAACAAUUUUAUUGCGUCCUGGUCCCAUUUAGCUAACACAAUCCGCACUCCUGUCAUUGCAGCAGUCUCCGGAUAUGCCCUCGGUGGUGGAUGCGAACUCGCCCUAAUGUGUGAUAUGAUCUACUGCACAUCAAAAGCGACCUUCGGUCAACCGGAGAUUAAAUUAGGCACCAUCCCUGGUGCCGGUGGCUCUCAGCGUUUAACGAAGAUAGUUGGGAAGAGCAAGGCCAUGGAAUUAAUCUUAACGGGAAACACUUUUAGCGGAAAGGAGGCUGGAGAAUGGGGAGUCGCGGCCAAGGUAGUUGACGGCGGGAAGGAUGAACUGCUCGCUGCUGCUCUAGACACUGCCAGCACUAUUGCCAAUUAUAGUCGUGUCGCGGUGGUUGCUGCAAAGGAAGUUGUCAACAAGAGCCAGGAGCUGUCGUUGGCAGAGGGCGUUGACUUCGAGAGGCGCCUUUUCCACGGUUUAUUUGGUAGCAAAGACCAAAAAAUAGGUAUGUGGCCGUACAAUACGUUUACGACCAUGGUUUACUAA